UGAAUUUCAGAUUAGUGAGUGCGUGGAAGGGACAUGGUGGACUAUUACAGUGUCCUGGGAGUCCCCCGGAAUGCCUCUCAAGAUGAAAUCAAGAAGGCGUACCGGAAACUGGCUCUGAAAUGGCAUCCAGAUAAAAAUCCGGACAACAAGGAAGAGGCAGAGAAGAAGUUUAAAGAACUUGCAGAGGCCUAUGAAGUUCUGUCUGACAAGAGCAGACGCGAUGCAUAUGACAGAUAUGGAAACGACAAAAUGCCACACUCAGGUUCCUCCACCGCAGAUUUCUCAGACCUCUCAGGAUUUACCUUCACAUUCCGCAGCCCAGACGAGGUGUUCAGAGAGUUUUUUGGUGGACAGGAUCCUUUUGCUAGCCUUUUUGAUGACUUUGCUUCAUUCGGAGUCCCUCAGUCUCGCCUGGGCCCCAGUCGAUUCUUCUCUUUUCCCUCAGCUGGAGUUGGAUUUAGCUCUUUUUCUACUUCCUUUGGUGGUUUGGAUGCGAUGGAGAGUAUGGGAGGAGGAAUGGGUAACUUCAAAUCGGUUUCUACCUCUACUCGCAUUGUAAAUGGGAAACGCACCACCACUAAGAAGAUAAAGGAGAACGGUCAGGAAAGGGUGGAGAUUGAAGAAGAUGGGGUAUUAAAGCAGGUUCUUAUUAAUGGUGUGGAGGACGAAAUGGCUCUUGCACUUGAGCUGAGUAGAAGAGAAGGACACCAGUCCGCUCAGAAACCACAGCUCCUGAAUGGAUCACCCUAUCACUCCGACCGUCACAGCACUGCGCCUGCACAUCGGUCAUUUAGCGCAGCUCCCUUUUAUAACCAUGUGGAUGACAGUGAGGAUGAAGAAGAAGAUGAAGACCUUCAGAUGGCUUUGGCAUGUAGCCUGUCAGAAAUGGAAGGGCAGCAGCGAGCCGGUGCUACCAACUUCAUACCAGGUGCUGUGGGCAGGGGCAGAACCAAACAUACUAAAACUGGGGGCAACACAGUAGAAGGGCUUGUUAAUGGACAAACUGUUCAUCUGUCCAGUGCGUACAAAGUAGUUGGAGAGGGAAAAGGUGAUGAGGGGCACUUUAAAGUUAGCACAAGUUCUGGAGCUAGCUCUGAAACAAAGCAGAAUGGAACCAGAGAGCCAGCUACAGCUGCUCCCACUACACUGUCGACUGAAGAAAAGGUCAAACCAGUGGCAAAAACAUCAGAAGGGAGUGUGAAAAAGAACAGGUGUGGGUGUGUUGUGUUAUAGCAUGGUCCAUUGCAUAUCUAGGAAGGCUCCCCUUCCUCUUAGCAUGGUGUCAGCUUACAGCCACAAAUUAUAGUACAUGCAAAAAUGAUUCUUUACCUAAAGGUCUGGCAGCUGUUUGCUAACAGUAUGCAAUAUUGAAUUAUGCACAUAAGGUGAUAAAAAUAUUUUUGAAUUCUUACUUGCAAAAGAACAAUGAAUGAUUGUUUUGAAAUGGAGAGAAUGUCUGAGUAGACAGGUGGAAUGAGUAGGAACCUAGAAAAUAACCGCUUUGAGUUUUUUUUAAAGUUUUUGCAGAUUGUUAGAAAUGGAGGUAAGUUUGGAUUGAAGUCAGCUUUGGUUUCAGAGAGACGGUUUGAAAUGCAUCACUUCUAAGGUAUAGCAGGUUGGUGUUAUAGAGAAAUAGAUUGAACAGAUCGGUUAGUUUAAAGAAAAUGCCGAAUCAAAGUAAAAUGUAUAUGUGUGCCUCUCUCAGUGUAUCUUUGAGAGUUUGAGUCUUUGAGAACCCUGCCACAAACUGUGCCAAACCCAUGCCUGUCUCAAGCAAGUGAUUCAAAUCAAAAAGUAUGUCACAAGGCUUUCAGUGGAAGUUCUUAUCUUUGAUUAAAGAUGUCUUCUGUAAGUACCUGACCAACAUUAAUGGAAAAUCUAGUUAUUCAAAGCACACAUUAUGGAGUUAGGAAUACUUUAUAUUUAUGUACUGGUGCUGAAUACAUUUUUUAAGAACUGUGUUGUUAAAUGUGCAGUGCCUUUAAAAAGUACACCCUGAACUGUUUUAGUUUUAAUGUUUUCUAGACCUAGACUGGAAGGGACACGGCAAUGCAAAGGAUUGCUCUAUUCAGAUGAGACCAAAGUGUAAUCUUUUGGCCAACAAUUGAACCAGUGACUAAACUAAAGGUCACACCUUCUAUUCCUAAUAUUCCUGUUUUUUCCACACUAGUGACCUUUGACAAGAGGUUAAAAUCCUACAUGAAUUCACAAUGUUUACCCGUUUCUAAGUUCCUUUAGAUAAAAGCACCCUUACUCACAAAUGAAUUAAUAAAAAGCAAAUUUAUUAUGAUUGUGCUUUCUAUAUAAGAAAUAAUAAACAAGUAAAAAAAAAAUUGCACUAGAUAAGUUAAAGUUCAGGCACCAAAUCUCAGCCUUUUUCCCCUCUUAAUUUUUUUGCACUGCUCUCACCAUUGCACUCUAUUUGCACAUUACUUAUACUACAGUAACAGUGCUGUGUGUUUGUUGCAUUUAUAUGUAGGAGUCUGAUAGGUACAAGCAGCUUUUUUUUGUUUGUGUGUGUGUGUGUGUGUGUGUGUGUGUGUGUGGCGGGGGACUCUUGCAAUGAAUGCUGGUGUCUCAGUUAAAAAGGCCUCGUUUCAGACCUCUAAGGACAUAAAAAUUAUUGUUAAGUGGUGAAACACUAUCUGUGAAACAGGGUUGUUGUUUGUUUUGUAAAAACUAAUUCUGGAACUUUAGAAAGCCAAGUUGUUGCCAAAUCCCAAAAGCAUUCAAAUCAAAUUAUUACUAGUAUUGUGUAGUGUUUAAAGUACAUUUUUGACAAAACUUGUUUUCUGGACUGCUGAAGCAGCAGAAAGUUGAUGUGCCAUAAUUCCUUACAACCUGAUAUGUUUAAUGAUGCAUAUUGAUUUAAACAAUACGAUUUCUGUCCCUGGCAAAUGAGAUUUAAAUUAUGGAAAUAUGAAUUACAGAUAAUUCCUCCUCUUUACUAAUAAUGUGAAGCGGACAUAAGAGCAAAUAUGAAUAGAUGGAUUGUUUUAUAUACAUAUAUAUUGAUUGACUUAAAAUAUUGUACUACCUUGCACUACCAUGUGUUAUUUUUCAAUUUAAUAAACUGAUAACUAAUAAAGAUUGAGCAUAAAGAGGAGUUCGUUUUUUUUUUUUUUCAGAAUUCUAUUGCCUCACUUUCUCAUUAAUCUUGUUCUAGUAUUAUUGAUAUUUGUCCUACUUUAGUCAGAUAUGUUUGAUUAAAUCCUGACUCAAGCUGAUAUGUAUUUUCGCUAUAAAUACAUAAUCGGUUAAAAAACAAGUGUAUCUGGUUCUAAUCUUAUGGCAUAACUUAAACCCU